AUGGCAACUGAGGCAUCUGAGGCAUCUGCUGAGAUCCCUUGCGAUUCUAAGGCCUCCGAAGAUCCGGAGAAGAGCAAAGAAAGUAGUGCUAAUCGGGAGAUCUCUGAAACCUCUGAAACUCCUCUAAAACACGAACUUUCUGCUCCAUCGUUACCUGCUCAAAAGAAACUCAAGACAGAGUCGCCGACUCCCCAACCAAUUCCGCAGCUCAAACUUGAACCUUCGACAGCACACGACGUCAAAAUCAACAGACCCGUCGAGGAGAUCAUCGAUGGGUCUGAACUACGAAGGUUCCUCAAUAAAAACCUUACACGAUUUCUGAUUCGAGGACUUAACCAGCUAGCCGAGACCUGGGAAAACGGACAGCUCGACGACUUGUCAACGAAAGCUGUACUACUCGAAUUCAGCGAUAUACUGAGGAAAUAUGCACAAGAAAAUUAG